CCGCCGCAGGCGGAAAAGUUUCUCUGCAGACGGUUGAGCUCUUGGUCGCCGCUCGGGCUGUUCGCACCGCGACUGGCCGUCCUUCGCUGCUGGCUCUCCCGCUGCGCGCGGGCAUGCGAGGCCUUGGGUGCCGACCCUGAGCUGCGAGGAGCACGAGGCGGCGAUCGGGGUGUCCAGCCCGGUCAGGGAGUCGGUGUUCGUCGGAGAGUGGGGGUAGGAGUUGGCACGAGGCUACGGGGCUCCUGGCCGACCGGAGGCGGCGGGGUGCGCGGCGAUGGGUGCUCCCAGGCUCCGAGCGGCCGCGGCGGCGCUGGGACUGCUGCUUUGCGCCGGGCUGGGACGCGCGGGCCCUGCGGGGAGCGGAGGCCAAGGAGAGCCGGGGCGGCCCUCGGAAGAUGCUGCUGGGCGUCCGUGCCCAGCCGUCUGCCACUGCCUCGGGGACCUGCUAGACUGCAGUCGCCGCCGGCUGGUUCGCCUUCCUGAUCCUCUCCCUGCCUGGGUCGUACGGCUGGACCUGAGUCACAACAGAUUAUCUUCUCUCCAGACAAGUUCCCUGAGCCACCUUCAAAACCUCCGAGAAGUGAAGCUGAAUAACAAUGAAUUGGAGACCAUUCCAAGCCUGGGACCUGUCUCAGCAAAUAUUAGACAGCUCUCCUUGGCUGGGAACAGCAUUGACGAAAUCCUCCCUGAGCAGCUGGAGCCUUUUCAGGCCCUCGAGACCUUGGACCUGAGCAACAACAAUAUUUCAGAACUGAGAGCUGCGUUUCCACCCUUACAACUCAAGUAUCUGUUUAUCAAUAGCAACCGAGUGAUAUCCAUGGAACCGGGGUAUUUUGACAAUUUGGCGAGCUCGCUCCUGGUGCUGAAGCUGAACAGGAAUCGAAUAACAGCUGUUCCCCCCAAGAUGUUUAGACUGCCCCAGCUCCACCACCUUGAGCUGAGCCGAAACAAGAUUAAGAACGUGGACGGACUCACAUUCCAAGGGCUGGGGGCACUGAAGUCUCUGAAGAUGCAAAGAAACGGAGUCACAAAGCUCAUGGAUGGAGCUUUCUGGGGGCUGAGCAACAUGGAAAUCCUGCAGCUAGACCAUAACAACCUCACGGAGAUCACCAAAGGCUGGCUCUACGGCUUGCUGACGCUGCGGGAGCUUCAUCUGAGCCAGAAUGCCAUCAGCAGGAUCAGCGCAGAUGCCUGGGAGUUCUGCCAGAAGCUCAGCGAGCUGGACCUAACUUCCAACCACUUAUCGAGGCUAGACGACUCCAGUUUCCUUGGCCUAAGCCUCCUAAAUACCCUUCACAUUGGGAACAACAAAGUCAGCUACAUUGCCGAUUGUGCCUUCCGGGGACUUUCCAGUUUAAAGACUUUGGACCUGAAGAAUAAUGAGAUUUCAUGGACCAUUGAAGACAUGAAUGGAGCCUUCUCUGGGCUGGACAAACUGAGGCAGCUAAUGCUCCAGGGAAACCGCAUUCGAUCGAUUACCAAGAAGGCUUUCACUGGUUUGGACGCGCUAGAACAUCUGGACCUAAGUGACAACGCCAUCAUGUCUCUGCAAAGCAACGCAUUUUCCCAAAUGAAGAAGCUUCAGCAACUGCAUUUAAAUACAUCCAGCCUUCUGUGUGAUUGCCAGCUAAAGUGGCUCCCACCGUGGGUGGUGGAGAAUAACUUUCAGAGCUUCAUAAACGCCAGUUGUGCCCACCCUCAGCUGCUGAAGGGGAGAAGCAUUUUUACCGUCAGCCCAGAUGGCUUUGUGUGUGAUGAUUUCCCCAAACCCCAGAUCACGGUUCAACCAGAAACGCAGUCAGCAAUAAAAGGCUCCAACGUGAGUUUUACCUGUUCAGCUGCCAGCAGCAGUGACUCCCCGAUGACUUUCGCUUGGAAAAAAGACAACGAACUGCUGCAGGAUGCUGAAAUGGAGAACUAUGCACACCUCCGGGCCCAGGGAGGCGAGGUGAUGGAGUACACCACCAUCCUGAGGCUACACAGUGUAGCCUUCGCCAGUGAGGGGAAGUACCAGUGCAUCAUCUCCAACCACUUCGGGUCAUCAUACUCCGUCAAAGCCAAGCUCACCGUAAACAUGUUGCCUUCCUUCACCAAGACCCCCAUGGACCUCACCAUCCGCGCCGGGGCCAUGGCCCGCCUGGAGUGUGCAGCCGUGGGCCACCCGGCCCCACAGAUAGCCUGGCAGAAGGAUGGAGGCACAGACUUCCCCGCUGCCCGGGAGAGGCGAAUGCAUGUGAUGCCUGAGGACGAAGUCUUCUUCAUAGUGGACGUGAAGAUCGAGGACAUUGGGGUGUACAGCUGCACGGCUCAGAACAGCGCUGGCAGCGUUUCUGCAAACGCCACCCUGACGGUGCUAGAGACUCCAUCAUUUCUGCGGCCUCUGUUAGACAGAACUGUCACCAAGGGAGAAACGGCCGUCCUGCAGUGCAUUGCCGGUGGGAGUCCACCCCCCAGGCUGAACUGGACGAAAGAUGACAGCCCGUUGGUGGUGACCGAGAGGCACUUUUUCGCAGCAGGCAAUCAGCUGCUGAUUAUCGUGGACUCAGACGUCAGCGACGCCGGGAAGUACACAUGUGAAAUGUCCAACACCCUCGGCACCGAGAGAGGCAACAUGCGCCUCAGCGUGAUUCCCAGCCCCACCUGCGACUCCCCGCACAUGACUGCCCCGUCCUUAGACGAUGACGGCUGGGCCACCGUGGGCGUCGUGAUCAUAGCCGUGGUUUGCUGUGUGGUGGGCACGUCCCUCGUGUGGGUGGUCAUCAUCUACCACACGAGGCGGAGGAACGAAGACUGCAGCGUUACAAACACAGAUGAGACCAACUUGCCGGCCGAUAUCCCUAGUUAUCUGUCCUCUCAGGGAACGUUAGCUGACAGACAGGAUGGAUAUAUCUCCUCGGAAAGCGGAAGUCACCACCAGUUCCUUACUUCUUCGGGCGGGUUUUUCUUACCACAACAUGACAGUGCUGGGACAUGCCAUAUUGACAACAGCAGUGAAGCCGAGGUGGACGCUGCCCCUGACCCAUUUCUUUGCCCUUUUGUGGGCUCCGCAGGCCCUGUAUACUUGAAGGGGAAUGUAUACUGCCAAGAUCCGUUUGAAGUUUAUCUUCCAGGAUGCAGUUCUGACCCGAGGGUAGCUCUAAUGGACCACUAUGAGACCAGCUACAUGAAGAAGGACUGCUUCCCAUGCGCUCAUCCCUCAGAGGAGCCCUGUGAACGGAACCCCAGUAGCAUCCCGUGGCCACACUCACGAAAGCCCGUGACCUUCAUGUACACUCAGAACGAGGGACCCACACUUCAGCCUCUGUGUUUAAACAAGUCCUCUCUGGAUUUUACUACAAGUCAGGAACCAGGAUCAGUUACUUCAAGUAAUUCUUUCAUGGGUACCUUUGGAAAGCCUCUGAGGAGACCUCACCUGGACGCCUUUUCGAGCUUUGGGAAGCCGCCAGACUGUCAGCCGAGGCCCUUUCACAUGACGGAGCUUUCCUCUGCAGAGUUGGACUCUGAGUCAGAGGAAUAUGCAAAAGAAAGGACCGAGUCCCGGGAGGAUAAUCACAGGGGUACCGAUCAACAGACAUUAGAUACGUACAGGACUCCAGGCUGCCAGCCUUGUGACUUGGGCACAUAGACGGGAAGGACCAAAGAAAAGCUUCCACAUGCUACCUCAUCUGGGCUCCUAUUUAAAAGAGACAGAAGCCAAUGUUUCUAAAUGGACUUACAAAGUUUAAAAAGGAAAAAAAAAAUGCUUUAUUUAUACAGAGGAACCAAAAUUACAAAAAGUUAUAAAAAUUUAUACCGGGAAUAACUUUCAUAUAAAAAUGCAUUUUAAAAAGUAUUUUAUAACUUUGUUUUAUAUGAAAAAUAUCCUAUGUAAAUUAAUGGUAUAAGUCCAUUUUAUGUAUUUUUAUAAAGCCAGAUUUCUUUUUAUUGAGGAUGAGUACUAAAGCCUUUUAAAUAAUCCCAUCUUACACCUUUUUUUGAAUAGAGGCCACUUUAUUCUAUUUUGCACAUUGUGUUUAAUAAAAUGUGUCUUUUGGUGCCAAGCCCCAUUUAUACAAUAAGAGAUUUUAUUGUUUUCAAUGCAUUUUAGACCUAUUUCAUUUGUAUUAUCACAUCUCAAAUGAAUUGAUGUUA